CAGCGAUCUUGAAGAUGAAGAAGAGGUCAAAGCUAGUCAGACCCCUCCCAGUGAUAUCAAGGGAAACACCAACAAAUCAGAUGAUGACGAUGAUGAUGACGACAAAUGACGAAGAUUUACUGGUUGUGGCGGACGCUAGGUCCGAAAUCGACGCCCUAACCAGCCCGCUACAGGCAGGCACCGCCCAUCGCCCCAAUUCAACAUAAACCACUAAGUCGUCAACUGCCGGAACAUACUCGUGCGAGACACGGCCUUUAGGACAUUCAAAACGCUCUUGCUGUAUCUGUAUACGGACAAGAUCGUCUUUCUCUCCACUCAAGUCUCAGGGACCGUCCAGGACUGAUGUGGAGACCCCAAAACCCUAGCACUUCGUGGCCUUGCUCACCAAAGUCGAUGUAUCGUUUAGCCUCCAGGGUUCGACUCGACAGUCUUCGUGACCAAGCUUUGCGUGCAAUACAUCGUAGUUUGGAUGCGGGGAAUAUUCUGCAAGAACUUUCUUCUCCAUUUACAUCCAAUGUCAGGUAUGCCGCCAUCUUGCAAAUGAAUGUAGAAGUCCUACUCCAGCAUAUCGCUUCCGUUCCUGUCAUCCAGAAUAUCCCUUCGCUGCUCAGGAGGAUUGCUGACUCGCAAUUGCCCCAUGGAGCAGACAUUGUCAUUGAUUUGUACCAGAAAUUUCUGCUGCGGUACCAUCCUCGGGCGCUUGCACUUGCGAAUACGCCGAUCGAGAGCACGCCGCCUCCUCAGAGUACUACCGGUGACUUGAAAUCCGGCAAAAGUAAUAGCAAGAAGAAGAAGAAACAGUAGUGUCUAGUGUAAGUUUUCAUUGUAUAUAUUGUUUCUGAAUCUCGCUGUCGAUCUUGCUGUCGCAAUAGAUUAAUUUAUGGAGAAUGUUGACUGCACGACACUCAGUCAGUUAAACACAGAAGGGUCACCUCCUUCAAAGAUGGUUGCUAUUAAUUGAUUCAUCGUCUGGAUGAACCUGCUCGAGUUUCUAUGCAUGAGAUUGUAGACUUGUGACCAGCCCGCGGCAACCUGGUUCGAGACUAUCAAACCAUUCAAGAAGGAAGGCAGUCGACGUCUCGCAUUCAAGUUUCCUCUUGAAUGUUCUGAGUACGGGG